GAGUGAAUUUCAAACAAAAGUCUUGUUAUUUUAAUUUCUCUUUUAAUAUUUAGUAUGAACACGAGUCUAUCAUACUAGAAAUCAUUGCUUAGUUACACAGAAGUGUAUUUUGGGAUAAUUCAAGUUUGAAGGCAGACUCUAAACACAUUUGAUAUUGAGAGAUUAUAAAAUGUGUGUGUGUCUAUAAACACACAAUGUGUAUAUACACAAACAUCUGCAUUUUAUCACCUAGUUAACCAUUAACUAACAUUUGGUCAGUUUACAUUUGCUCCUUUUUUCCCAAGUCAUAAAAUUUAUAAUGAAAAUGAAAAGCCUCUUAAACCAUUACUCUUACUUCUCUUUCAUGGAACUUGAUGUAACUACUGUUAUGGGUAUGGCUUCCAGUAAUUAUCUCCAGGAUUCGCCAUGACCCCAGCUCUGAAGGAGGCAACAACAAAGGGUAUCUGCUUUUCAUCUUUGCCAAAUACCAUGGAAUCUGACAAGAUGCUGUGCAUGGAAAGUCCGAGAACUGUAGAUGAAAAGCUUAAGGGAGGAGACGCCUUCUCUCAGAUGCUGGGAUUUCCGACUCCUGAACCGACGCUAAAUACUAAUUUUGUGAAUUUAAAACAUUUUACCUCCCCUCAGGCUUCAAAACAUUUUCAGACAGUUCUUUUAAUGAGUUCUAAUUCAACACUAAAUAAGUAUAAUGAGAAUUAUAACCAAAAGAAAGUAAUGGAGUCCAACUGCUGCAAGCUGAAAAACGCCCUGUGUAAUGGCAGCAGCGUUCAGCUCAGUAAGAUCUGCCAUUCUCAUUCUGAGAAUGAGGUCAUCAAAAAGGAACUCUCAGAUACCACAAGCCAGUGCAUGAAAGAUAUACAAAUUGUUUUGGAUUCAAAUCUCACCAAAGACGCUAAUGUAGAUAAAAUACAUCUGCAAAACUGUAAAUGGUACCAAAAGAAUGCACUUUUGGAUAAAUUCACUGAUACUAAGAUUAAAAAGGGUUUAUUGCAAUGUACUCAAAAGAAAAUUGGACCUAGUCACUCAGAUGUGCCUGCUAGUUCCUCCGCUGCUGAGAAAGAGGAAGAAGUGAAUGCUCGUUUACUUCACUGUGUGAGUAAACAGAAAAGUUUACUUAGCCAGGCUAGAAGAACUCAGAAACACUUGCAGAUGCUCCUGGCGAAGCAUGUUGUUAAGCACUAUGGUCAACAGAUGAAAUUUUCUAUGAAACAUCAGCUGCCCACAAUGAAGAUCUUUCAUGAACCCACAACAGUCUUGAGUAAUAGUUUACUUGAACACACUGAAAUUAAGCCAGAACUCAACAUCUUGGCUUCAGAGAAUAAGUUCUGGGAUGACACAAACAAUGGCUUUUCUCAAUGUACAGCUGCAGAAAUCCAAAGAUUUGCACUGUCUGCUACAGGGCUGUUGUCUCAUGUUGAAGAGGGUCUGGAUUCUGAUGCCACCGAUAGCAGCUCAGAUGACGAGUUGGAUGAAUAUACCAUUAGAAAAAAUGUGGCAGUCAACUCCAGUACUGAAUGGAAGUGGCUUAUAGACAGAGCGCAGGUUGGCAGCCGAUGGACUUGGCUUCAAGCUCAGAUUUCAGAGCUGGAAUACAAAAUCCAGCAGCUAACAGAUAUUCACAGGCAGAUUCGUGCCUCCAAGGGGAUAGUGAUCUUAGAAGAAUGUCAGCUUCCAAAAGACAUUUUGAAAAAACAAAUACAGUUUUCAAACCAAGCAGUUUCAUUAAACACUUCAGUGAAUUCUCAGGUUUCCCAGAGGAGUGAAGAGCCUUUACCAGAACAUGAUUUUGAGAUGUCACCAAGCAGCCCUACACUACUUCUUCGAAACAUAGAGAAACAGAGUGCACAGUUGACUGAGAUCAUUAACAGUUUGAUUGCCCCUCUCAACUUGUCUCCAACUUCAUCACCCCUCUCUUCUAAAUCCUGUAGCCACAAAUGUCUGGCUAAUGGCAUUUCCAGAAGUGCUUCAGAGAAUUUAGAUGAGCUCUCUUCCUCCAGUAGCUGGUUACUUAAUCAGAAGCACAGUAAGAAAAGGAGAAAAGACAGGACAAGAUUGAAAUCUCCAUCCUUGGCUAUCAUGAGUACAGCUGCCCGAACAAGGCCCCUUCAAAGUUUCCAUAAAAGAAAACUCUACAGAUUGAGUCCCACUUUUUACUGGACUCCUGAGACUUUACCUUCAAAAGAAGCAUUUUUAAAUACCACACAGAUGCCUUACAUGGGAUCACCUUUAAGUUGGGAAAACUGGGAGCAGAGUUCCAAGUCUCACCUGUCAAGAGAACAUGUUUCAAAACUAGACCCCUCUUUCCAUCCUGUUUUGUCAUUGCCAUCAGAAAUUCCCCUUCACCUUCAUUUUGAGACCUUAUUCAAGAAGACUGACAUAAAAGGAGAGCUUGCUGAAAAUAAAUUUGUAGGUGACUGUAUCAUAUCACCACCACCUGUACAAGGUACUUCUCUGAAUCAAUGGAGAAAUGGAUAUUCACCUGUAUGUAAGCCUCAAAUAAGGUCACAAUCAUCUGCCCAACUAUUACAGGGAAGGAAAAAAAGACAUUUAAGUGAAACAGCAUUAGCAGGAGAAAGGACUAGAUUUGAAGAAUUUGCUUUCCAACGUUCAGAACCAGGAUCUCACUGCAAUUUUACUGCUGUCUCUAAUCCCAAUGUUACAUCAAGAACCCAGAAUUCAUCCUCACAAUACAAUUCUGUGUUGCAGAAUACUGCACGACGGAGGUUAAGAAGUGAGAGCUCUUACGAUAUAGAUAACAUUGUGAUUCCCAUGUCAUUAGUAGCACCAGCCAAAUUAGAGAAACUCCAGUAUAAAGAAAUACUUACUCCACGCUGGAGGAUGGUUGUUCUUCAGCCCCUUGAUGAACAUAACUUAAACAAAGAAGAGAUAGAAGAUCUUUCUGAUGAAGUCUUCUCCCUAAGACACAGAAAAUACGAAGAGAGAGAGCAAGCUAGGUGGUCACUCUGGGAGCAAAGCAAAUGGCACAGAAGAAAUAACAGAGCCUACAGUAAAAAUGUGGAAGGGCAGGACUUGGUUCUGAAGGAACACUCACGUGAACUUGGCAGUGUUCAGCAGGGUGCUGCAGAAAGUCCUUUUGAGCUCCCAGCAGAAAGCCACAGUCUGUGUACUCAGGACUCCCUUUCUUUAAAUGAUGGUCAAGAAGUCAAGCCUUUGCGGUGGGAGCGGCGAGCUUUUCCACUGAAGGAUGAGGAUACAGCAGCUUUAUUAUGCCAAGAUGAAAGAAAGGAUCUGACUGAGGGGGCAAGCACAGCCUGCCGUGAUGAAGCCUUCUGUAGCACUACACCCGAGAAUGGCCACCCUCCAAAAGUGCAGUUAGAUGGAAUGGAAGAAUAUAAAAUCUUUGGUAUAGGAGUCACUAAUGUUAAAAGAAAUAGGUGACAGGGAACAUAUUAAGAAAAGUAUGUAACUGAAAGGUAAAGAGGAAAAAAACCCUAUACCCUCUCUUCUGGAUCUCCACCUCCUCUGGUCACAGUUCCACAGGAGGGAGUGCCGCAUGUACCCGUAUUUCACCGUUCAGGGGAUAGGCCGGAGUCCCUUUUCCUUCCUGACUCACAGAAGUAGCUACUUCUCACCCACACAAAUGCUAGUGACUUGUGCUUGCCAAUAAUACAAAUCAUAAGCACUAAGACACUACCUGCUGCAAUCCACGCCAAGUCACACCUCGGGCAUUUGUUGACAUAAGAGCCCUCCUUCUUUGUUUCUAUUCUCAUGGCAGUUCACUAGAAUUGCUGCAAUAACAUAUGAAAAUAUACGAGUGUGUAUACAGAAUGUAUACACAUAUGAUACACACAUAUGUAGUCUUAAAACUGCAUGUAUGAACUACUCUAUGCAAUAAGUUGCCAUGAAUACCUAACACAGGUGCUCACUGAUGACAGACACCUGAAAGCUUUGACUGUGGGGAGCGAGUUGUGUUUUCUUUUAUUCUAAACAUUGUUUAACCAAUAUAAGUUAUUUAUGGAGAUUCUUAUAUCAGAUAACGCAACAUUCAUUUAUUUGAAAUCAUUGUUCUCUCCUGGACUAACCACAGGCUUUCUGCUUACUCCUAACAAAAUUAAGAGAAGCAACUUAAGAGUUUAAUAUAUUGAUACGUUUAAAAACUAUUGUCGUUGGAAAUUCACUCUGAGUUUUACUUGCUUUAUGUACUUCAAGAUAGCAAUUUAAAAUAUAAAACAGCAUACAAAUCAUAAUAUGGUUGUAAGUCUAGCUAAUAUACAGCCAGAAGCUUCUAAUUUGUUUUUUCCUUACUAUAGCUUACAUAAAUACCUACUCUUACAGGCAUCCUAGAUCAAGGAUUCAAGUUUUCCAAGACCAAGACUUUAAUAUAGAAUACUGAGGAGUGUACAUUAAGGAAAAUUCUUUUUGAAGCCAUACCAUUUUUUUUCCUAGAUGAAAGUUAAGUACAAUUUGUAUCAACCACUUUUUGUUAUGCAAAGAAAGGUUACUUGAUUUGUAGUUCCCAUACUACUGAGAAUCCUGGCCACGGAGCUUGCACUCUGUGGGAUUAGAUACUUAAGGUGUUGUUGAGGAUUGGAAAUGCAACUGAUCCCUGCAGAAGGGGGAGGGGGGAACCAUUUAAAUUCAAUACUUACAAACUUUUGCUUAUAGUUUUACUGUACAUUUAUUUUUAAAGAAAAAGAACAAAAGCCAGAAAAAUACAAGUUGUCCCAGCAAAUAAAUUCAAAUCUUUGUCAUGACUGAUAUUAUAACCUUCUACAUAGUUUUUUUUAAUUAAAGUUAUUUCUAUA